CUUCCGACACAAACUGCUGCAACCUGGAGUGCUUUGGCUUUAACUGUUCAGUCCACUGUGGCAGAAGAUCAGCUGCUCAUCUGACCCAAGCAGUGGAAGAGAUCUGAGGCGGUUUGAGGGAUGCGUUACAGAAAGGAAGACCUGCCGCAAUAAUGAGGACUUUUCUCCUUCUGCUCUGGUUCAUCCGCAUCUUCCCCAUUUGGAGCUUUUUUGAAGGAGCCUGUCCCAGAAAAGACCCUCCCCCUGGUGUCCUGGUUUUAUCUCCGGGAAGUAGGCUGGUUGUGACCUGCGGUGGCCUUGUGAGGGUGAACGGAGCAAAGGUCCUCCUGGCCAGAAAAGGCCCACACACCACCAACAGAAGAACUUCAACUGCUAAAGUCCCAACUGUGACACACAACAGCACGGUCUCAACAACGGGGCAAAAGCCGUCCAUCCAGAGUACAGCAAACGCGGAACGCCAACACAAAACUUCUGCAGAAGGAGAAAGUCCAAACCUAAAGAACACAAGAAAUAAAACUUCUCCUGACAUGGUCCAGCCAACCACGAGCACCAGAACAGCAGACGAUGUAACAGACUGGGAGAGUGAGAAGAUGCACACUGAGGCUGGUUUUGAGGAAGGGGAGGAAGGCAGCAGGGUGACCAGAGCGAUUUGGUGGAGGCCUCAGUGGAAAUGGAACAAGCAGCUGGUGGGUGCAGGAGACAGAGACUGGGGGGACAUCCAGCUGAUGAGGGGUGGAGAAACUCUGUGUCUGGCCUCAGUGAGACCGUCAGACAGCGGGAGAUACACGUGUCAUCGUGGAGCCAGAGAAACGUUUGCUGUUAAAGUCGUUGUUGCAGAUCCUCCAGAGAGGCCCAGUCUGUCUUGCUACAAAAAGGCUCCAAGAAGUAAAAUCCGCUGUGAGUGGAAGCCUCUAAAUCCUCUUGUUAAGCAGCCCAGCUGUUUUCUCUCUCUGAGUAAAAGUUCUGAAAAAGCGUUCCAGCAAAUUCCAUGUUCAUCUUCGUCCUCCCGCUGCUGGUGUGCUCUGGACUACAAUGAAGACGAGCAGGGAACUCUUCAUUUGGCUUUCCUGUGUGCAACCAGCAUUGUGGGCAAUGCGACCAGCGAGGUGCUGCACUUCAAACCUAUGGACAUUGUAAAGCCUGAUCCACCUUCAAACAUCUUAGCGCACCAACAGGAAGGGCACACCAGGAGAAUAGAAGUCACAUGGAACCGCCCAACGACAUGGCAGCAAGACAACUACUAUGGCAUCAUCUAUGAGCUUAAGUACAGACCUUCCAUGUCCUUAAUUGAGCAGGUAAAUCUGAUUAACGGCCAGCAAUCGUACAGCAUCCAUGAUGCUCUACCUGGUGUUGAAUAUGUGAUUCAGCUGAGAUCCAAAGAAGAGUAUGAAGGUUAUUGGAGUGAGUGGAGUUCACCUGUUUAUGCCAGGAGCUGGAAUGAAACCAAAACAGAGGACUCAGCAUUCUCUUUGGAUUCUCCUGACAAAGUCAAUCAAGAGGCUGACCAUGAUGGAUCAGGCUCUGGAUGGGACACAGACAACUACAUGGAAAGCUCUACAGAAGAUGCCUGUGUGCACUUGUGCAUUUGGUUUCAUCACCUCAUUUGGGUUUCUAGCCUUUGUGCCGUCUUAUCAGCUUUUUUAAUCCUCUACAUUUUCAGACACAAGGUCAGAAUAAUGUCGAAGCUUCACAGCAAGAGAGUCUUCACUAACAGUGGUGGCUUUAGGCCGUCUCUGCCCUCCGAUUCGCCACCUCCAGAGGGGAAGGCCGUGGUGACCUUUUCACCUCAACUUCUCAACAAACAACCGCCAAGAGAUCCUCAAGAGGAGGAAAAUGAGGAAGAAGGAACAUUGACAGACAAAAUAGAAGCGAUGCACUUCAACAACAACACCUAUUUCUUUUUGCAGAAACAGCCGUGAACUUUUUUUUUGUAACCUUUAUUUAACCAGGAAAGUCCCAUUGAGAUUAAAAACCUCUUUUCCAAGGGAGUCCUGACCAAGAGGCAGCACAUUUACAAAAAAAUACAUAAAAACAAACAAUAUUAAAACCACUUACAUGCAGAACUGUUUGGACUUUUUGGGAGGUUGGUCCCAUUUGGGGAAAUGAAGAAGAGCUCCAAAAAAAGUCCAGCAACAAAUUGUGUAUACUGCAUAUUCAUAUUUCCAACUCUAACUGUGUAUUUCUACUUUGUUCAUAAAUGUACAUUUAAAUGAGUUUAUAUUAUUGUGUUGACUUAAAAGCUAUUUUUUCUACAUUAUCCUUUGCUUAACGUAAAAAAGCACUAUUACAUGAAAGUUCAUUUGCCCUCAUGCACUAUUACAAUGCCAUUAAAGGGGACAAAAUAUACA